UGACGUGUCGUACUUUCCCGCUUUUCCACCGGGGACGAAGAAGUUUGACUAUUUGGCUAGACAAGCUGCCGAUCUACCGGCAUGUAUUAUUCCUACUCUUUCGCAUAUCCAUUUAUUGUUUGUGGCCCCGUACGUGAAGCAUUUUAACAGCAUGUCCAGCAAUCCCAGUUCUCCGGCACAGUGCAGUCCGAUCGUGAAUCGGACGCUAGAACUGAACUUGAGCAGGAAGCGUUCGAAAGAAUGCUUACUAUGGGGCACGGUGCACAUACUGCUGCUUUCUGUAGUUCUGUUCGACAUCUCCAACAAGUGUCCCUACUCGUUUUCAAACCUGUACUAUGUGGAGUACCUCGCGGCAGCCAUGCUGACCUGCAGUAUGGUGUAUUACUAUUCUUGCUACUUUUACUACCUGUUUAGUACGGAACCGAUUUGUGGUACAGAGCAGCAACGUCGUAUACUAAAGUUCGAUGCAAACGAUAGCUCUUUCAUCACUACGCCACCGCAAGCGAAACAGUCGGCGAGUGCUGACAAUACGCCGAUAAACGUCUCAGCAUCGCUUUUGCGAUCGUUUCACGAAAACAGCUUUUCCAUUGCUUCUCCACGUUGGAUGUUUAAUCGAGGCAGUCCACAGAUAGAGCCGGUACGAUCACCAAUGGUAUACGAUCGGAAUGUAUCCUUUGAAGCCCAGCCACCGAAUGCAAGUACCGGCCCGAUGAAAUUUUCUCCUGCUCUACGGAGGCUUGGUCCACCUGGUGAUACGAUCAUGGAUGAUUUGUUCGCGGAAACCUACGUACAAGAAACCACAAUGGAUAAGAGCAACCGAUCGCAAAAGGAACAAAUGAUGAACAAUUCCGAUGAUUCCACGAAUUCUUCUUUUGGUCGGUAUCGCUACAACGAUCUGUCCUACCUGUUGAAAACAUCGAUGUACCAACUGUCAUCUUCUGCAACACCGAGCAAACAGCUAACAAAGGAGCUCGAGACUGGUCCAUAUAAUGCGUUCAUCGAUGGCAGUCCAGAGGGAUUAAAGAAGGUGUCCGCUGCUCAACUGUCCACCUACGUCGGGAAUCUGCGCAUGUGGAUAUCGCUCACGAUAUUGCAGCGGAUUGAGGAGGAAAUCCACAUUGUCGAUCAAGCCUUUAAAAGCCGUGGCUUUGCAGACAUCCAGAUCGGUAGCAUCGGUUUAGAGCGAUUGAAAAAAACGGCCGAAAAUCAACAGCUAGUUUCGUUGUACAUCCCACGUUUACCGUUGCUUAUUCCAUUUUUGGAAAUGUCCACAAACCAAGAGUAUAUGGUACAACGUAUUAAGGAUCUUGCCAAGGGCAGUUGUUUAGCUGAUUAUCGAUGGAAUUCGGGCUCGGCGUAUAAGGGUAUUAGCUGGGACGAACAUUUACCAACCGAUUCAGCAAUUAUCUUUCACCUGUUCUGUACCUAUUUGGAUAGCCAGUUGCGUCCCCUACCACAGCCAGGUGGUCGCCCAUUCUACAAUCGAUACGUAGUUGUAGGUGAUAAGAAGACGACGAAGGAAACACUUGCAGAAGUAAAUGCGAAGAAUAAGGCUAAGUGUGCUAUUCUCUGCUCCAAUCCACUGAAGCCCAAGUUUAACUUCGUUUCGGAUGAUAAAAUACACAGCUGUUCCUACGAUCGAAACAACUUGUUCUACGUCAUCAUUCAAUUUUUAAUGUAUAUGAAAACCCACCACGAAUGCUCAUUGGAGGGUAUUAAUCUCGGCAAAAGUGGCAUCAAUAUACUCUGCUGCAUCGAUGAUUGAUCAAUCAUGAAGUAAAUGAUUGUAAUAGAAUGCUGUUGCACUGUUAUUGAAAAUCAUGGCAAUUAAGAAACGAGCUCUCAGCGGCGCUGUUUUGACGAGUUAAAGGACUGCGUCGGUAAGUCCUGAAAACAAAGACAUUGUUAGGAAAGCAAAAUUCUUCCUUGCGAACUAUGAACCGUUAUCAAGUUGUAUAUUAAUCGGUCAUUGUGAAUAUAGAUUCAAAGAUU